CGACGGCUCACCUUCCUGUCUGAGGGGGGAAAAAUAACCCUGAAGUUUCCUGCCAUCAGCUGAUCCUCAGUGACAACAAGGGAGGAAGGGGGAGAAGGGCUUGGGACUGGUCCGGAUCCCGAUCCCUCUCCUGGGGGCUCCAGGCGCUCCCGGGUCCUCUGCGGGGAAAGAAGGACUCGCCUCUCCCCUCCUUUGCUGCCGAGAGGAGGAGACUGUGCGCGGAUGACUUAGUCACUCAGACUUGCAGGGAGGAAGAGGAGGAGAAGGAAGCAAGCAAGGAAGAAAGAAAGGAGCCUGCUGUUUUGUAAACAAUAGAUCGGCCUGUUUCCUUCCCAGGCAUGGUACUUGAGGGAAAAGGUCUGGUUUACAUUUUAGAAACACAUCAUACUGUAUUUUGUACGUGUACCUAAUUUCAUUGUGACAUUCAGUUUGGGAUUUACUUAGGCCUAUCGUUCAUUUUGAAAACUUGCAGCGUUUACAUUUCGGAAGCAUACACACACAAUUGCACUUUCAUAUCAUGAACUCAUUCUAACAUUACAGGAGGGAGAAUCAAGACGGAUCAUGCAUUAGGAAAGGCACUCAUUUCAAAAUACUAAUUUUAAUUUGGGGAACUAAUAUACAUAUCUUGUUUUGAUUUUUUUUUAAAAAAAUACAUAGUUUUAUAAAAUUAUAUAAGUUUCAAAAUAUGAGUGCCCAGCCUCCAACAGCAGAUAAGGGACUGAAUACAGCUCUAUUGUGCCAGGAAAGUUAUGCUUGCAGUGGCACUGAUGAAGCCAGCUUCGAAUGCGAUGAGUGUGGAAGCCUGCAGUGCCAGCGGUGUGAAGAAGAGCUUCAUAGGCAGGAAAGGCUACGGAACCACGAACGGACCCGAAUUAAAGCUGGCCAUGUCCCGUACUGUGAUGCCUGCAAGGUUGCCAGUGGGAAUAUCAUGCAGAACAAUAUUGCAAAUUCCAGGCAGAGAGCCGCUGUAAGGUGCCAAGCGUGCAAAAUUAACCUGUGUCUAGAGUGCCAGAAGAGGACUCAUGCCGGUGGAAACAAGAGGAAACACCCCAUUACUGUAUACCACUGUGGCAAAGCUCAGGAGCAGGAGGCAGAGGAAGGGAUGGAUGAAGAGACCAAGAGGAAGAAGAUGACUGAAAAGGUUGUAAGCUUCCUGUUGGUGGAUGAAACAGAAGAGAUCCAGGUGGAAAAUGAAGAAGAAUUUAUAAGAAAAUUGGACUGCAAGCCUGACCAACACGUAAAGGUGGUGUCUAUUUUUGGGAACACAGGCGAUGGAAAAUCUCACACACUUAACCACACUUUUUUCUAUGGCCGAGAGGUCUUUAAAACAUCACCAGCGCAGGAGUCUUGUACAGUAGGAGUCUGGGCAGCCUAUGAUCCUGUCCACAGAAUGGUGGUGAUUGACACAGAGGGCCUCCUUGGGGCCACCGUGAACUUAAGCCAGAGGACCCGGUUGCUUCUGAAGGUCUUGGCUAUUUCAGACCUCAUCAUCUACCGCACUCAUGCUGAUAGACUUCACAAUGAUCUCUUCAAAUUUCUUGGAGAUGCAUCAGAGGCCUACCUAAAGCACUUCACCAAGGAGCUAAAGGCAACCACAGCCCGUUGUGGUCUAGAUGUUCCACUGUCUACUUUGGGUCCAGGAGUUAUCAUCUUCCAUGAGACAGUGUACACACAGUUAUUGGGUGCAGAUCACCCUUCUGAGGUUCCUGAGAAGUUGAUCCAGGAACGAUUUCGGAAACUCAAUCUCUUCCCUGAGGCCUUCAGCUCGAUCCAUUACAAAGGAAUAAGGACACAGAAUCCCCCAACCGAUUUCGCUGGACUCAGGCACACUGUGGAGCAGCAGCUAGAAAACAAUACCACACGCUCCCCUCGGCCUCCUGGUGUUAUCUACAAAGCGCUCAAAGCAUUGAGUGAUCGAUUCUGUGGGGAGAUUCCAGAUGAUCAGAUGGCACACAGCUCCUUUUUUCCAGACGAGUAUUUUACCUGUUCUUCUGUUUGUCUCAGCUGUGGGUGUGGAUGUAAAAACAGCAUGAACCAUGCAAAAGAAGGGGUGCCUCAUGAAGCUAAAAAUCGGUGUAGAUAUACCCAUCAGUACGAUAACCGAGUAUUUACAUGCAAGGCAUGUUAUGAACGUGGGAAUGAAGUCAGGGUGGUGCCCAAAACAUCUGCUUCUACUGAUUCCCCUUGGAUGGGGCUUGCCAAGUAUGCCUGGUCAGGGUAUGUGAUUGAAUGCCCCAACUGUGGAGUUGUGUACCGUAGCCGGCAGUACUGGUUUGGGAAUCAAGAUCCUGUGGACACGGUUGUGAGGACGGAAAUAGUGCAUGUCUGGCCAGGUACGGAUUGUAGUCUGAAGGACAACAACAAUGCUGCUCAGCGCCUUAUAGAUGGAAUGAAUUUCAUGGCACAGUCAGUAUCUGAAUUGAGUUUGGGACCCACAAAAGCUGUGACCUCUUGGCUGACUGAUCAGAUCGCUCCAGCUUACUGGAAACCCAACUCUAUGAUUCUGAAUUGCAGGAAGUGUGGCAUAUCCUUUAAGGAUAAUGAUACCAAACACCAUUGCCGGGCGUGUGGAGAAGGUUUUUGUGAUGGUUGUUCGUCCAAGACCCGUCCUGUCCCGGAGCGUGGCUGGGGGCCCACACCUGUGCGAGUGUGCGACAGCUGCUAUGACAGCAGGGGCUUUCAGUUAGGUAAUCCUGACCUGACUGUACUAGAUGUGCCUGAGGCUCCAACAGACGAAGAAGGGGGAACAGUGAUAGCCAGGAAGGUUGGUGAAGCUGUACAGAACACCCUGGGGGCUGUUGUAACUGCCAUUGACAUCCCACUGGGUCUUGUGAAGGAUGCUGCUAGACCUGCCUACUGGGUUCCUGACCAUGAAAUCCUAAACUGCCACAACUGCCGGAAGGAAUUCAACAUCAAGCUAUCAAAGCACCACUGUCGUGCCUGUGGCCAGGGUUUCUGUGAUGAGUGUUCCCAUGAGCGCAGAACAGUCCCUUCUCGUGGCUGGGAUCAUCCUGUCAGAGUCUGCUUUAAUUGCAAUAAAAAGCCUGGUGAUCUUUAACCCCA